AUGGAUAACAACAACACCCUCAUCUCUAACAGUCUCUCCACAUGUCCCUUGUCACCCUCUCCAACUCAUUGUGAUUCAAAGGACUUAGUCCUGGACAACAUCAUGUGUGCUGGAUCUCUUGCACCAGCUUCUAAGUCACCUGCCAUGCAACCUCCAUCCCUCCCACAUGCAGAACCUCUUCUGCCGCCUGCUCCAGCUGCUCCAGCACCUAUCAUACAACCUCCAUCUGUCCAGUGUGGGGAAUCUCUUGGGCCAGCAACCCAGGCACCCAUCAUGCAACCUCCAUCCACCCAGCAUGGGGAAUCUCUUGGCUCCCACAUGAUCCUCACAUCCCUCAUGGUCCUUAGCUCCCACAUGGUCCUCAGCCCCCACAUGGCCCUCAGCCCUCCCAUAACCCUCAGCCCCCCCAUAACCCUCAGCCCCCGCAUGGUCCUCAAUAUCACAGUGGCUAUCACGAUGCUCCCUACUGCAACUCUUGAGAUGGUUUUGAGGGUUAUGUCAAGAGCUAUUGGCACCCUCCAAGUAGACCCAGAGGAUGGAGGACAAGCUCCUUAG